AUGGCUAUAGUGCAUCCGUUAAAUAGGCGAAUGAGCAGGCAUGCAACGAUGGCAACAAUUGUUGCAAUUUGGAUUCUUGCUGUGCUGUGUGGCUUGCCAGCAUUGCUAGCUUCAAAGCAAGAAAUAAAUUUUUUCGUGGACGAACGAAACCGGAUAUUCGUUGAUCCUACUUGCUUAGCCGACAAUUUCCCGGAUGGGAAUGCUUUAACCAGUAAUCUAUUUGCAGUGUCAGUUUAUGCUUAA